AAUUUCUUGACACACCAGCCCUUCAUGUCUAGUCCUUACUAUGGCAAUGCUGGAGGUGGAGGAGGUGGAGGUUUCUCGCGCUCUCCGUAUGGGAGUCAAGAGAGUCCUUCUGGGAACACUCGGAAAGCGGGAACGCAUUCCCUUCGACCAGUCACUGUCAGACAAGUUGUGCAGUCUGAUCACGCUUUUGGUGAUGCCGAAUGGCAAAUCGACGGGUCCGAUGCACCUUCCGUUACGUUUGUCGCACAAGUCCGUGGAAAGGCUCAACAGGCGACGAACACUGCAUUCAGCCUCGAGGAUGGAACAGGACAGAUUGAUGCGAGGCUUUGGUCAGACUCCCAAGACCCCGAUACCGCAGCAGGGAGCGAGAUUGAAAAUGACGUGUGGGUCCGUGUGCAGGGAACUAUCAAAGAAUUCAACAAAAAGAAGCACGUCGCCGCUCAGCGUGUUCGCCCAAUAACCGACAUGCAGGAAGUCUACUAUCACUACUGCGAGGCGCUCUCUGUACAUCUUGAGCUCACAAGAGGUCAGGUAAAGGGCGGCGGAGGUGCGCUGACCUCUGGUGCUGCAAAUGUCCAUGCUCAAGUCAAUGGCCCCACGAAUGUGUCGUCUGACUAUACGAUGGGCGGUGGCGGGGGAGGAACGGCCAACAAUUAUGCCCAUAUGCCAGCGCUGGAUCGUGCAAUCAUGCAAUUCAUUGAGAGUAGCGCGAACUCAGAUGGAUGUCAUCUCACUGCCAUUUCAAGAGCUGUGGCCAGACCCGGUGUUACCGCUGAGCAGAUCAGUCUGGCUCUGGAGAGGCUGUCAGAUGAUGGGCACGUAUAUAACACUCACGAUGACAACCACUUCCAGUCUGUGAAUAUGUCAUGAGCGGAUGCACAGCCUGUAUUUCUCUUAUGGUCUUCUACUCUUACUCAACCCCGAGGAACUUCUACUCCAUCUGAAGUUG